CGCAUUCAAUUCGCAUUUCCUUAUCCUUUCUUCACCAAAAAGAGGAGGAAAUUUUUUUAGUUUCUCUCUAUCUUUGGUACCGUACACCGACUGAUGUGCUAGCUGUCUUACCUUUUUCCUCUCUCUAUAAAGAGUGCUAGAGCGGUCUGAUGCAUAAAGCAUGCGGCCUACGUCUCUUUUUCUCUCUAUAAAUAGUAUAAAAAAAAAGUUAACAUAAAAAAUCGAGCUAUCAUCAGUUUUAGUGUUACAUCAAAAAAAAAAAAAUGGGGCUUCAAAGUCAUGAUAAUCAAAUUUCUUUUGGAAGUCAUGAUCAUCACCAGUACCAUCAACAACCUCAGCAGCAUCAGCACCAGCACCAACACCAACACCUAUUAUUCCAUGAUCAGCAGAAUAACGCUGAUCAGAUUACUUUUGGAAUGUUACAUCAGUCAUCUUCUGUCAUACCAGAAAACUUCGUAAGCAAAGAGAAUAGCAGUACUGGAGGUUAUGAUAUAGGUGAACUAGAUGAUCAAGCUCUUUUCCUUUAUCUUGAUGCUCAAGAUACUUCUUCAAAUCAUGACCAAAUACAAAAUAAUUCAGAGAUGAUGAGACCACCAACUCUCAAUAUUUUUCCAUCACAACCUAUGCAUGUUGAGCCAUCAUUCACAAAGGGAAAUGCUGGAUUUAUUUCCAGUGGUUCUGAGAAAUCAUCUGAGCCAUCCAUGAUGGAAUUAUCAAAAACCAAAAAUAAUGCUCUUUCUACUUCAUCUGGACCUGAACCUAAAGUUCCUAAGAGAGAGUGGAAUAGGAAAGGUCAAAAUUCAGGUUCAGAACAAAAUGCAUCUAAAGCAACAGAUCAUAAGACAUUGAGGAGACUUGCUCAGAAUAGAGAGGCAGCUAGGAAAAGCAGAAUUAGGAAAAAGGCUUAUAUUCAACAACUAGAAUCAAGUAGGAUCAGGCUAGCCCAGCUAGAGCAAGAAUUACAACGGGCUAGAUCUCAAGGUUUUCAUUUUGCUGGCAGUGCUCUUUUAGGAGGAGAGCAAGGACUUUCUGGUAACAUUGGAAACAUAAGCUCAGAUGCUGCAGUAUUUGAUAUGGAGUACUCAAGGUGGCUAGAGGAACAUCAUCGUCUUAUGUGUGAACUUCGAAAUGCAUUGACAGAACAUUUCCCAGAGAAUGAACUUCGAAUGUAUGUUGAUAAUUGUGUGUCACAUUACGAUGAAAUCAUGAAUCUCAAGGCCAUGCUUCUUAAAUCCGAUGUAUUUCAUCUUGUUUCCGGCACGUGGAAAACUCCGGCCGAGCGCUGUUUCAUUUGGAUGGGCGAUUUUCGCCCAUCUGAGAUCAUUAAGAUAAUCCUGAGUCAGAUAGAGCCAUUAACAGAACAACAAUUUGUUGGAAUUUGUGGAUUACAACAAUCAACACAAGAAGCUGAGGAAGCUCUCUCACAAGGCUUGGAAUCUUUGAAUCAAUCAGUUUCAGACACAAUUGUUUCUGAUGCAUUAUUGGCUAAUUCCCCUCAAAACAUGGCUAAUUAUAUGGGACAAAUGGCUCUUGCUAUCAACAAACUUUCCACUCUUGAAGGCUUUGUUAGACAGGCAGAUAAUUUGAGGCAUCAAACAAUUCAUCGACUUCAUCAAAUCCUAACGAGUCGCCAAGCUGCAAGGUGUUUUCUGGCAAUUGCUGAAUAUUUUCAUAGGCUUAGAGCUCUUAGCUCUCUAUGGAUUGCAAGGCCUCGACAAGAAUAAUAACUAAAUUAUAAACUUUUUAUUAGCUAGUUAUAGCUAGGUUAAUUACUAUUAGGUCCUUCUUGGUAUAUUUUCCUAAAAAUAUACUCACUUUUUUGUCCUUUUUUAUUUUUAUUUUCCCUUUUAACUCUCUAGUUUUUAUGUAGAUGUAUAGACAAACUAAAGAAUAACCAUAGUAAAAUGUAAAAGUAGAAGUUCAUGAUCUCCUUUUAAUUAUAUGUCUAUUGAUCUUUUUAA